AUGUCAAGUGAACCAUUGAAGCUAGAACUUCCAUGGGUCGAGAAAUACAGACCACAAAUGUUGAAAGACAUUGUGGGCAACGAAGAAACAGUCGUACGGUUGCAACAGAUAGCCCAAGACGGAAACAUGCCACAUCUUAUCAUCAGUGGUUUACCCGGUAUCGGUAAAACCACUUCCGUGAGCUGUUUGGCCCACGAACUUUUAGGAACUGCUUAUUCGCAGGCCGUUUUGGAGCUCAAUGCGUCGGACGACAGAGGUAUCGACGUGGUGAGAAAUCAGAUCAAGCAGUUCGCACAAAAGAAAUGCAGCUUGCCUCCAGGUCGUCACAAGAUUGUGAUUUUGGAUGAAGCUGAUUCGAUGACCGCGGGUGCCCAGCAGGCCCUGAGACGCACCAUGGAACUCUAUUCUAACACCACGCGGUUUGCCUUUGCAUGUAACCAAUCGAACAAAAUUAUUGAACCAUUGCAAAGUCGUUGUGCGAUCUUACGUUACUCAAAGCUCCAAGAUGAUCAGGUUCUUAAGCGCUUACUGGAAGUGAUCGCAGCGGAAAAUGUCCAAUACACCAACGACGGGCUUGAAGCCAUUAUUUUCACCGCAGAGGGUGAUAUGCGCCAAGCUUUAAAUAACUUGCAAAGUACCGUGGCCGGCUACGGGCUUGUAAAUGGUGAGAAUGUCUUCAAAAUUGUCGAUUCGCCACAUCCUUUGAUUGUUAAGAAGAUGCUGCUUGCAGACUCUAUUGACACAGCCUUAGACCUGUUCCAGGAGCUCUGGAAAAAGGGAUACUCCGCUGUUGAUAUCGUUACGACCUGCUUUCGUGUUACCAAGAAUCUCGAAGAGGUGAAAGAGGGUAUAAGACUUGAAAUGAUCCGAGAGAUUGGGUUCACCCAUAUGCGAGUAUUAGAAGGUGUGGGCACCUAUUUACAAUUGGCUGGCAUGCUCUCAAAAAUAUCUCAAGUAAGAAAUACAUAG